GGUACUCGCACACGGGGACACUCCCGCGCUGGGACUCUCCCUCCCACAUAGCUCGUUGCAGCUCGCCGGCUCCUAGGCACUGUUGGCAGCUCCGCAGAUGGCAACGCCAGGCUCCGGCUUUUGGUCCUUCGGCUCCGAGGAGGGAUCGGGGGAUGCGGAGAACCCCGGCACAGCAAAAGCGUGGUGUCAGGCUGCCCAGAAGUUUACGGGAGGAAUUGGAACCAAACUCUGCGCUUUGCUGUAUGGGGAUGGAGAAAAGCCCAUGGAAACCGGGGCGAAGGAGGACCUGGGCUCCGCGGAGAAGACACCGGCCUGUACCUGCAACAACAAGCCCUGUAGCUGCCAGAAAGCGGAUAUUAAUUAUGCAUUUUUACACUCAACAGAUCUUCUGCCAGCGUGCAAUGGGGAAAUAACAACUCUGUCUUUCCUACAAGAUGUUAUGGAUAUUUUGCUUCAGUAUGUGGUGAAAAGUUUUGAUAGAUCAACAAAGGUUAUUGAUUUCCAUUACCCAAAUGAGCUUCUUCAGGAAUAUAAUUGGGAACUGGCAGAUCAACCACAGACCUUGGAAGAAAUUUUGUUGAACUGCAGAACAACUCUAAAAUAUGCAAUCAAAACAGGGCAUCCUAGAUAUUUCAAUCAGCUUUCAACUGGACUGGACAUGGUUGGAUUAGCUGCAGACUGGCUGACAUCAACAGCAAAUACUAAUAUGUUCACCUAUGAAAUUGCUCCAGUGUUUGUACUUUUGGAAUAUGUCACGCUAAGGAAAAUGAGAGAAAUGAUUGGCUGGCCAGGGGGCUGUGGCGAUGGGAUAUUUUCACCUGGUGGUGCCAUAUCUAACAUGUAUGCUAUGUUGAUUGCACGUUUCAAGAUGUUCCCAGAAGUCAAAGAGAAAGGAAUGGCAGCUAUUCCCAGGCUGGUUGCCUUCACCUCAGAGCAUAGUCACUUUUCUGUGAAGAAGGGAGCUGCAGCCUUGGGGAUUGGCACAGAUAGUGUGAUUCUGAUUAGAUGUGACGAAAGAGGGAAAAUUAUCCCAUCAGACCUUGAAAGAAGAAUUAUUGAAGCCAAACAAAAAGGAUUUGUUCCUUUCCUAGUUAGUGCCACUGCAGGAACUACAGUGUAUGGUGCGUUUGAUCCACUCCUAGCUAUUGCGGACAUCUGCAAGAAAUACAAAAUCUGGAUGCACGUGGAUGCAGCAUGGGGUGGAGGGCUGCUGAUGUCUAGAAAACAUAAAUGGAAAUUAAAUGGUGUUGAAAGGGCCAAUUCUGUGACUUGGAACCCCCACAAGAUGAUGGGCGUCCCAUUGCAGUGUUCUGCCCUUCUCGUUAGAGAAGAGGGCUUGAUGCAGAGCUGCAAUCAAAUGCAUGCUUCCUACCUCUUUCAACAAGAUAAACACUAUGACUUGUCAUAUGACACUGGAGACAAGGCGUUGCAAUGCGGGCGUCAUGUUGAUGUCUUCAAGCUCUGGCUGAUGUGGAGAGCAAAGGGAACUACAGGAUUUGAAGCACAAAUUGACAAGUGCUUGGAACUUGCAGAAUAUCUAUAUAAUAAAAUAAAGAACAGAGAAGGCUAUGAAAUGGUGUUUGAUGGAAAGCCUCAGCACACAAAUGUCUGCUUCUGGUACGUACCUCCCAGUUUGCGCAGCAUGGAGGACAACGAAGAAAGAAUGAACUGCCUUCUAAAGGUGGCCCCAGUGAUAAAAGCCAGAAUGAUGGAAUAUGGAACUACUAUGGUCAGCUAUCAACCACUGGGAGACAAAGUGAACUUCUUCCGUAUGGUCAUCUCAAACCCAGCAGCUUCUCAUCAAGACAUUGAUUUCCUGAUUGAGGAAAUAGAACGUCUGGGACAAGAUUUAUAAUAAUCUGGUCUGCAAGUCUGGUCCAGAACCUCUAGGUAGACAAUUAAGUUGUCACAAACUGUGCGAAUGUAUUUGUAGUUUGUUCCAAAGUAAAUCUAUUUCUAUAUUGUGGCGUCAACGUAGAGUACAGUUUAAAAUCAAGAAACAUGCUCCUUUUAAAAUCCUCUCUUGAGUUUUAGAAUACCUCUUUAAUAAUUAGAUACACAAAAGGCUGCAUUCAAACAAAUAAGAAAUAACAGAAGAUACUUGCAAUUUCCCCCAAAAUUUUAAUACAGUUAGUAAAUACAUGUUUUAGGUUAAAAGUAAUCAGAUUGAGUGGUGCCAAAUUUGCCCCAAAUGGUGACAAAAUCAAUGGGGGCGGGGGGCAGUAAGAUACAUAAAGUAAGGAACUGUAUGUUUAAAAGUGAAAAUAUUUUGCCUUUUUCUUAGAUUUAGAACAGAAUUUCUAAUUUACCUAUAGCAACAUUUCAAAUGUAUUUAAAUACAUAUAAUUUUAAAAAAGGAAUAUAUAUAUAUUAAAAUAUCCUAUUUUGUAAACUAUAGAUUUUUAUUUUAUAUGGGUUAUAAAAAAUGCAGGGGCAGAAACUGAAAACUAAACAAGAUUUUUUUUCUUUUAAUAGAGGUGCAUCAAAUAUCUACAAAGAUUAUUUUGAACCAUAAGCCCACAUAAAUUCUGUAAAAGGUUCAAUGCCUCAUUUCUAUAUGUCACAUGGAUUGUACAUCUCUAGAGUUAAGUAUUGCAAAACCUCACAAGUACUGCAGCUCUUAAAAACUCUUAAUAAGAACUACUACAAUACAACAAUAGGAUGCUAUUAUUCCUAAAUAUAUUUCCUAUGUGGCCUAACCUAAGCAAAUGGACAAUCAAUAUACAGUCCUAACCAAGACUGAACUAAGGUUAUUUUUGUGUGGUUUCUUUGUUCUACUUUUAAACAGCCUAUCAAAAAGGGCCACACUUUACACUAAAUACUUGUGUCAUAAGCAUCUUUGCAAACAGUAAUUUAUUCAUUAGAGAUAAAAAUAAAUUGAAAACUAGGAUUGACUAGAAUUCGCUAAGACCCAGAUCCUACUACAUCUCACAGGAGCAAUGCUAAUUGGAUGAAUAAGGACUUUUGUAUAUGUAAAGGUCUCAGAAUAGGGUCCUAAGUCAGAUGCUCAUGUCAUGGUGGAACCUGAGUUUUCCACAUGACAACAGUUUUUCUAAACGUCCCCAUUCCCAGCACUGGGAUAGAGCUGCUGGAAACUCAGAAUUUCAGUUUCGCGGGAACGUUCAAAAUUGUUUGUUCUAAUUCAGAACAACAACAACAUUUGCAAUUUCCCACAGAAUGGAAAUUCUGAAAAUUUUCAUUCUGAACUUUUUUUUUCAUUUGCCCGAAAUUUUGUAGAACUCAAUACAACUUUGUGAAAAAAUUCAGUUUAGUCAAAACACUUCUUUCAAAAAGUGUUUUGAUUAAAUCUACUACCCAGCUCUACAUUGAGUUUGUCUGAUUGAAAUUGCUAUUAGAAUGCUUUGAGAUAUGCCUAGAUACUCAGAGCACAGUCAUUGUAGAGUCAUCCAGACCCAUUUAGAAGUCAUGGAUGCAAAAUCGUGCAUAACUGAUAUGUUGAGUCAUUCUUCAACACUAGGGGAGGCAUGGAAGUGGAAACUGAGCUUCAACCUCCUCUUCCUCAAAAUCUGGAAGAACUUGGAUCAGGACUUAGUGGCUCAGACCUGAUUCUAUUUAUAACCCUAGUUAAGUUUUGGUUGUAGCUUUGACUGGAAUCUACAUGGCCACUUUCAUUUGUAAAGCAAGAUUGCUUUACUUGCUCUAAAAUACUUGAAGAAAACUAGUGCAGAGUGGUUUAAUUUGACCUAAAAUACAUAAAUGGGGUAUUGAUUCGGUGUAAUGUCAUGAGGAUGUGACAUGAGAAGAGGAAAUAAAUUGUGUCUGUAGUUGUGUUGCCUUUAUUAUAUUGAUAGUACUGUUUGUCACCUCAGAUUGAGGCCGUGCAUUUUAGAUUUAAACUGUACAGUGUUGCAAAUCAACAUGUGUUACUGAAUAAGCUUGUACAAUAUAUUAUUGAUAUGUCUUUCUUUGUGUGGUAGUACUAUUGACUCUUGGUAUUGUAAGAGCUGCAUUCACACACAAGUCCCUAUACUAUAUCUUUGCUCAGUACUAUCCUCUCCUGAUCAGCUUGAGAGAAGAACAUUCCCCUCACCCCAGUAGUGACCCACUAUGACCUACAAUGCGUAAUGUUUCAAUUAAAGCUUUAGAGCAGAUACCAAUUCUGCCAAUGAGGACUAAAGCAACCUUAUCCAAACAGGUCACAAAAUUACCAACUGUAGUCACUGAAACACUGAGCAGCCAAGCAAAUUCUGUUCUUGUUUGUAGCAGAGAAAAUGGGGACGAAGAACUAAGUGUAAAAAAUAGUACAGGGACAAUGGUGAAGGUGAGCAGUAGCCUGGUUACAUCUUGCAUGUGCAAUUCUGUUUUCAAAUGCUAAGUACAAACACUGUAUUUAUUAGUUCUAUGUGCCAAUCCAAGAUAUACAUUCAGUGUUUCAUGAGGACACCAGCAUUUUUCCAUGUUACUGCCAGAACGAACUACAUGGCAACCUCUUCUUCUUGUGUUUGACCAAAGUAUUUUCUCUGUGUUGUUGAUCUAAACCCAAAUAAAAGUGUAAAAUGUG